GACCUCAACACCGCCUCCAACAUGACGUGUUGGCGCUCGGAGACCCUCCAUCACUCGCCCCAGAACGUCACCCUCACCCUCUCCCUUGGCAAGAAGUUCGAGGUGGUCUACGUCAGCCUCCAGUUCUGCUCACCCCGCCCUGAGUCCACCGCCAAGUCCAUGGACUACGGCAAGACCUGGGUGCCGUACCAGUACUACUCCUCCCAGUGCCGUAAGAUCUACGGCAAGCCCAGCAAAGCCACCGUCACCAAGCAGAAUGAGCAGGAGGAGGGGGGCACCGGCUCGACCCCCUAUUACUACGCGGUGGGGGAGCUGCAGGUCGGCGGGCGCUGCAAGUGCAACGGGCACGCGGCGCGCUGCGUGAAGGACAAGGAGCAGAAGCUGGUGUGCGACUGCAAGCACAACACGGAGGGCCCCGAGUGUGACCGCUGCAAGCCCUUCCACUAUGACCGGCCCUGGCAGCGGGCCAGCGCCCGCGAGGCCAACGAGUGCCUGGCCUGCAACUGCAACCUGCAUGCCCGCCGCUGCCGCUUCAACCUGGAGCUGUACAAGCUCUCGGGCAGGAACGGCGUCUGCCUCAACUGCCGGCACAACACCGCAGGGCGGCACUGCCACUACUGCAAGGAGGGCUUCUACCGGGACCUCAGCAAGUCCAUCGCAGACCGCAAGGCCUGCAAAG